AUGAUGAGUUCGGUUCGGCAGGCAUCUGUUGAGGGUGCUGGUGAUCUCUGCACUGCAGGUGACUCUGUUUAUGCGCUCAGCCUAGGCAACGGAACGACGAACGCCACGGUCGCGGUACUCGACAUUUCCGGAGGGAAGACGCGAGUGAAGCAGGCGCAACGUUUCGACUGA